ACAGGACAAUAGGAAAAUAUUUUCACAGAAGUGGAGAAAGUGUCAGCAGACAAUUCAAUCUUUGCCUCCUGGCGGUUUUAAAGUUGCAUAAUCAUUUACUAAAAAAGCCCAUUCCCAUAACAGAAGAUUGUGAUUCUGAUAAAUGGAAGUGUUUUGAGAACUGUUUAGGAGCCUUAGAUGGAACAUUUGUUAGUGUUCAUGUGACAAAUGAGGAGAGGGCACGUUAUCGAACAAGAAAAGGGAACCUUCCAAUGAAUGUAUUAGGUGUAUGCACACCCAAUAUGGAAUUUGUGUUUGUAUUGCCUGGUUGGGAGGGUUCUGCACAUGAUGGUCGUGUUUUAAGAGUUGCACUUUCUAGGCCUAAUGGUUUGAAGGUGCCUCAAGGUUGUUACUACUUGGUAGAUACUGGUUACACUAACUGUGAGGGGUUUUUAGCACCUUAUAGAGGUCAUCGUUAUCAUCUGAAAGAGUGGGGAGAUCAUCAACCAUUGAGUGCAGAUGAAUAUUUUAAUGUAAAACAUUCUCGAGCAAGAAAUGUAAUUGAAAGAAGUUUUGGCUUGCUGAUGGGAAGGUGGGGAAUUUUAAGAAGUCCUUCAUUUUAUCCAGUCCGCACCCAAGCUCGUAUAGUGUCGGCAUGUGUUUUAUUCAGGAUGGAUGCAAAUAGUCAGAUUUCUACUAUUGGAAGAGGGAAAAAUAAGCGCUUUUGAAAAAAAGAGGAAGAAGAAGCUUUAAUUAACUGUUUGUUAGAUUUGAGUGCUGACCGACAAUGGAAAGGUGAGGGAGGAUUUAAGAAUGGCUAUUUAAGUCAUUUGAAGGUAAUGUUAAACACUAAGUUUCCUGGUUGUGGGUUAAAAGCUAUACCACAUAUUGAGUCAAAAUUUAAAUGGUUCAAAGACAAGUAUGCUGUUGUUUCUGAAAUGGUAAACAAAACAUCCGACUUUCAGUGGGAUGAUCAGACAAAAAUGAUACAAUGUGAGAAACAAGCUUACGAUGAUUUUUGCAAGAAUCAUCCUAAAGCUGGAGGGCUGUGGAGGACUCCAUUUCCUUAUCUUGAUAAGCUAGAUAUUAUCUUUGGUAUUGAUCGAGCAAAUGAAAUGGCUUCUGAGUUGCCGGAAGACUCUGUCAACAAUCUUGAGGACAUCGUUAACCUUGCGAAUGAUGAAAGUGAUGAUGAUAGUCUACCACAACCUCCAGUAAAUAAAGAAAAAAAAGAAAGAAAAAACCCCAAAGGGAACGGAGAAGAAAAAAUCUGCUCAAAUCAUAGAUUUAACUUCUAAUCAUAUGGCUACCGAAUUCUCAGGAUUUAUGAAAGGAAUGAGCAAUCACUUAUCAACCAUUGCGAAUGCCAUGAGUUCUACAGAGAAUCGUGAAUCAGAGGCUGAUAAAAAAAAAGAAAAAUUUACUUCCUGAGAUAGCAAUCAGGGCUGCUUGUUUGUUUUCCGCAAAUCCAAAUCAAAUGGAUGUUUUCUUUUCGAGCCCCUGAUGAUGAAUGGAAGAAGGAAGUGGUGCUUGAUAUAUUGUAUUCUAAUGAUGCAGCACGUCAUGAUGUGCCCUGAGAUCAUAUGAUGAUCAUUAUUUUUGUUUAAACUUCAUAAACUACAUAGGUUUAUGAUUUGAAUUAAUUAGGACUGAGUUUUUGUAGAGCUCGUACAUUGGUUUAUGGGUUUUUCCUGUUUUAGGAUGGACUUAAUUUGGAUUUAUUUUUAUUUUGCACA